AUCUAAGGUUGAAGGAAAACAAAUCGUCGGUUGAAAACCACUUUUGGGCUCAGUAGUUCAACGCUAAACUUUUACUUUUCUCAUUUUAUGAUCUUUGGCUAUGAACCAAAAUUUACUUCAUCCUAAUUAAUUUGUUGCUUCGUUACUAACGAUGGGAGUUCCGUCAUUUUUUUGUUUCCAAUUUGCAGCUUCAAAGAAAAACUAGAUUCAAGUUGAUUUACCGGUGUGGUUUUGAUCUCUGUGUUGAUAAAUCUUGAAACUCUUCAGCUUUGGGACCACAAGCAAAUCGUCUCUGUUCUUCCAUCUUCAUCUUCAAUCAAGCUUUGAAUCCAUUCAUUUUUGAAGCUCGAUUCAAAUUCCUGAGGGGUAAUGGCGGUGGAGACUUCGGGGCGGCUGAAAGUGAUCAUAAUCCAAGGGAGAGAUCUGGUGAUUCGAGAUUUCAAAACUAGCGAUCCGUAUGUCGUCGUCAAAUUGGGGAAACAGAAAGCAAGGACGAAAGUAAUCAGCAGUAACCUAAAUCCAGUAUGGAACGAGGAACUGAACUUCACGAUGGACACGAAACACUCUGCAGUCUUGAAAUUCGAAAUGUUCGACAAAGAUCUGUUCAAGCGAGACGACAAGAUGGGGCGAGCAACGUUCAACCUUCAGCCAAUGCAGUCGGCAAGUCGGCUGAGUAAGAUUCUAGGAAUAUCGGGGGGCGAGACGACGCUGAGGAAGGUGGUUCCGGGAAUGGACGACUGCUUUCAGGAGGAAUACUCGAUACGAUGCGUGGAUGGGGAGGUGGUGCAAGAUGUUUGGCUGCGCCUCACUGGAGUUGAGUCCGGAGAGAUUCAAGUCAGAAUCAUAUACGUAGAAGAUGAAAGUGUGGGGAGCUGGGCUACAAAUUGUAAACGGGAAUUUUGUUAA